CAUAGCACCAGCGAGGGACGAGUUCGAACCAGCUCUCUUGUCCGAGCGAAAUGUAAUGGUGGUUUCUGGUGUUCAGCUUCGAAGCCUUGGUCGUACAGAUGUUCAUUUACGCCGGGAGUGUGCCACGGAGACUCACUGUGAUUGGAGAAAGUGCUCUAAAUAAGUUGCUGGUGUUUUUUAUCGAUUGCCGGAGAAGAAUUGAUCACGAGCGAGUGUAAAACGUGUCCAGCAUGACGAGCGCGUGAAGGCUCCCGGCAACUCCCCUGCACCGAGCACGCGACUCCAACCGCACUUCACGCCCUCGUCCCCGGCACCAUUCCUCCCCCCCACCGCACUCGCACCAUGUCGGACUCCGAGGACGAGGCGGUGGAGAGGCAGGUCAAGAUCGUCCUCGUAGGUCCUCCUCAGGUUGGCAAGACGUCGUUGGCUCUGAGGUACACGCAGGACACGGUCAACAAGGGAUAUCAGGCGUCGAUGGGGGUAGACUUUUAUUUAAAACGCCUCGUGCUCGGGAGUGAGAAGAACGUCAAUGUCCAAAUAUGGGAUGUCGCUGGUUCGUCGCUGGCUGGCAAGAUGACUGACAAGUACCUCUACGGCGCCCACGCGAUCAUGAUGGUAUACGACGUGACGGUGAGCCACAGCCUCGACUCCCUGCAGGACUGGGUCGCCGCCGCCCGCAGAGCAGGUCGGGCGCAGGAGAGGCCGCCCAUCCUCGCCCUCGUAGCCAACAAGGCGGAUCUCGAGCAUACGCGGCAGGUAAAGAGCGAGAGACACCACAGGUUCGCCAGCGAGUACGGAAUGGUGUCGUAUGUAGUAUCAGCCAAAACGGGCGAGGGGGUCGCACUCGCUUUUCAGAAGGUCGUCGCGGAGCUCUUGGGCGUGCGUCUAACGAAAGCUGAGCAGGAGCAGCAGCAGCCGGUCGUCACAGCCGAGAUCGUCACAUACCAAGAAGGAGCGAUUCCAAAAAUUCCCGUUCCUUCCACUAAUUCCAGUUCUACCGUGUGUAGUGUCAUGUAGUUCUCCAAUUUCCUUUAUAUUUUCUCUCCUAAACCGUUUGUUCUCUUGCCUCUUCCUCUUAUUUCUACACUGAUAUAUGAUAGAUAAUUUUUGUUUAUGAAUCUGACUGUUGUUACGGAUGGUUUUUGAGAAUGAGUCAGAUUUGGAAAAGAAAAUUGAUCGCGUUUUCUGUGAUCCCUUUGUUGGAAGACCAUGGGAUUCGGGAAAGGGCGGUCACAUUAGUCUUGUCUAUUCGGGGAUCCCCGUACUGACCGCGAUACUUACACGAUUAUGCGGGUUACUGAGACGCAAGUGUGCCUAUUCGGGGAUCCCCCGCAGUACACGUUUAAUGUGGUCGUUGCUUCGAUGGUUGAUUGCAUUUAGGAAAACUUUGUACUUGGGCAUUUUCUCGCUUUUUAUUUGCCUCUGCCUCUGUAUAUCUAUCCGUCUGUUACACUCUUCUCUCACUCUCUCUGUCUCCGUAUGUCUGUUCGCCGUUUUAUUUGCCUCUGUCUCUGUCUAUCUAUCUGUCUGUUACUCUCUCUCUCUCUCUCUCUCUCUCUCUCUCUCUCUCUCUCUCUCUCUCUCUCUCUCUCUCUCUCUCUCUCUCUCUCCUCAUUCUCUCGUCAGGCGUUAUUUCGAACGCCCUGUAGUACAGCGGUUGUAAAAAGGUAAAGAGUAAUUUUAGAGUUAGUGACAGAAAAAAACAAAUAAAAGGAUGUCACACUUCCAAUACACUAUAUCUGAUACACACAUUCAAGGCACAAAAUGUAUAAUUUCUAUAGAUAAAUACGUGUAUUUUGGAAGAAAAACUGUACAUUGGAAUGACACGUGUUGUAUGUAGAAUAUUACAUUAGUUAUUUAUUGGUGAUUUAUUUGAUGUAUCUUUCUCCUUAAAGGUACAUCGAGUUUUAUUAAUGUCCAUGUAAAUAUUAUAAGUGAGCCAUUUGUUAAUGCAUAUUGUAUUUGUCCUGGUGUGCGCAUUUACAUAUGUACGUACAUGUUUAUACACACACACACUUACACACACACACACACACACACACACACACACAC